UGAGCUUGCCAAGGUCAAUCCUUUUGCUUGUGCCAUCGUCAUCUUACGCUCCUUUUCCCUUCUUCUAGUUCACGAGUCCUCCAUAGUCGCGCCUUUAAUAACGGGAGCCGCGUCCUCCGGCUCUUCUUUUCUUGCUCGAAUCCGUCUUUAAUCUCUUGCCUCUUCCAUUUCACGCUUCUCGGAUCUGCUGUCGUCGUCGUUUGCGCGAUCAGCCGUCAUCCCACUCUGAACAAAUUCGCCCCCUGUCCGGUUUAUCCAAUUUAUUAACACGCGCCAUCCGAACAACGCCGAGAUUAGUCUGCCGUUUGCUCCGACAGCUCCGCCUGCCGUCAACUCGAUAAUACAUACUUGCUUCUCUCAGCUGCCAUCUUCCUCUCUUUCACCUGCAUGGUCACAACAGCCGCCAUCAUCAUCAUCAUCGGCCGCAUCCAUGGAAAACCUCUCCGCUGAGGCUCCCGCCAUGGCGAACCACAGCCUCUACGACUCGUCGCUCCCGCCUCUGCCGACCUACACGCUCGAGCCCAAGCCCGACCUGCUGCCCUUCAUCUCCGACCUCUGGCUGUCGCUGGUCCUGCCCGUCGUCGUCUACUGGGUCGCCUCGCUAUUCUUCCACGCCAUCGACACGCUCGACCUCCUCCCCCAGUACCGUCUUCAUACGCCUGAAGAGAUCACCAAGCGAAACCAUGCCAGUCGAUACGAGGUCGCACGCGAUGUCAUCAUCCAGCAAAUCAUCCAGGUCAUCACGGGGUAUGCGCUUGCGGUAACCGAGCCGCAGGAGAUGAUUGGCAAGACUGACUACGACAUCGCCGUCUGGGCCACCCGCAUCCGCCUUGCCCAGCGCGCACUGCCUGGCCUGCUCGGCCUUGUCGGGCUCAACGCUACCGCCAUCUCCAAGAGCAUGUCGUCGUCUCAUCCGCUGCUCGCCGGUGUCCUGGCCGGUGGCUACUAUCCCGUCACUGCCACCGACUCGGCCGGCGCCGCCCCGACAUUCACCGCGUGGGAAAUGGCUCUUGCAAAGGCCAUCUACUACGUCUUCAUUCCCGCCGUGCAGUACUUUGUUGCCGUCUUCAUCCUCGAUACCUGGCAGUACUUUCUUCACCGACUGAUGCAUGUCAACCGCUGGUUGUACACAACUUUCCAUUCCCGACACCACCGUCUCUAUGUUCCCUACGCCUACGGUGCUCUUUACAACCACCCGCUGGAGGGCUUCCUCCUCGAUACCCUAGGCGCCGGCAUCGGAUUCAAGGUCACGGGCAUGACCCUGCUGCAGGGCACAUGCUUCUUCGCCUUCUCGACCAUCAAGACCAUUGACGACCACUGCGGAUAUGCCUUCCCUUGGGAUCCUUUGCAGCUCAUCACAAGCAACAACGCUGAAUACCACGACAUUCACCACCAGAACUGGGGUAUCAAGGCCAACUUCUCACAGCCCUUCUUCACCUUCUGGGAUCAGCUCCUGGGAACCAAGUACAACGGAAACCGCUCCAACCGACUGCACCACAAGCAGCAAGCCGAAAAGGCCCAGUAAACGGGCUGCAGACGCACGCUCACACAAAAACACCUUUCCUCAGACAGGGGUGAUAAUUACACUGUCCAUCGAAUAUUCGAUGGAUAAACACACGACGAAACGCAUAUUGGAUGACAGCAGCAAAACCGGCAACGUCAAAUUGAUACUCUAAUGUCCUAAUUCACUACAUCUCACCUAAUGGGCCUGCCGAGGGUAAAAGAAGGGAAAGGCUUUCCAAACUUGUACAUAAUGCUAAUAUUCUUCU